AUGAAAGCUGAUCCAUCAUACACAGAUCUUCUUUCACCUUGUCCUAUUUAUCCUAAUCCAAUGUUAGUAUUUAGUUCAAAUAUACAAAAUUCAGGAAAUUUAUUUUUAUCAGAUAUUUAUAAAGAUUUAAAACCAAUUAGUUGUAAUGGAGUUGCCAUAACAACAACAGCAACACCACCACCACCCCCACAACUCCCACUACCAUCCCUAACAACAACAACAACAACAACAAAUUGUACAUCAGUACUUGGUGAAAUAACAACAUCAUCAACAUAUACAUCAUGUUUUCCUACUGCCUACUAUUCAUCUUCGAAUUCCUCUUUAAUCUCAUCAGUAGAGAUAUCGGCAACACCGGUAACAUUCAAUAAUGAUACAUCAUCAAUAAUUAUGAUAAAAAUUUUUUAUUUAUUAGAAACUAUAUGUCGAUCGAAACAUUUAAUAUACGAAGAAAAAUUAAAAAUUCUUAUGAAUAUAGCUGAAUAUGUAAUAAAAUUUUAUGAAUAUUUAACAAAUUCAAGUAUCAAUGAUCCAGUUUCACAGGAUCAUGAAACUCCACUGAAUCUGACACAACCAAAACUAUUGAAUAAAGAGACAAAUAUCAAUGUAUCUCCUUUGUUUACAUCAUCUCAAACAUCAUCAUCAUCAUCAUCAUCAUCUUCUUCUUCUUCCAUCCUUUAUCAUUUCAAUCAACAGAAUUCCCCUGAUCAAUCAAUGAAACCUGAUAAACAAUCAAUUUCAUUAUCAACACCAAAUAAUAAUACUUCAACUAAUUUAGUAAUUCCAAUACCACAGCCUAUACCUUGGUUACAAAAAUCAGAUCAGUUAUCAAAUGGAUCAAAUAGUACUUCAAAUAAUAAUAAUAAUAAUAGUAGUAGUAGUAAUGUGACAUUUCCUGAAACGAAUUUAACUUCAUCAUUGAAUUGGUUAUCAACAUUAUCAGAUGGUAAAGAAUUACCAAAUUGGUUAUUAGAACAGAUUACACCAACUAAUGAAAAGAUGAAUAUCAAUUCAAUUUCACAAUCAAAUAAUGUAAUUACUGAAACAAUGUUAAAUUAUUUAAAAUUUUAUUAUUCAAGACUUUCAACAAAUGACAAUCCAUAUGAUCAACAUGAUCUUCAUCAUCAUGAUGAUCUUCAUCAUGAUCAUCAGCAUUUAUCUCAACAACAAAUUCAAUCACAAAUGGAACAUAUCAUUCAAAUGAAAAAAUUAUUAAAAUUAUCUACUCAUGAAUAUACUACUGAUAAUCAACUACUAAUAAAUAAUAAUAAGAAUAAUAAUAUUGAUUUUAUUGAUAAAACAUCUACUAUACAAAAAUCAAUUAAUCAAUUACAUGAAAUAAUUGAUCAAACUAAACUUAAAUUUAAUAAAGAAUCAAUAAUGCCGGUAACAGUAACCAUGCAAACAUCAUUAUCAGAAAAUAAUUUAACUAAUCAUAUUUCAUUCAAUGGAUCAAUAGUUAAUCAGAAUGAUAAUCAUAAUAAUAACAACAGUCAUUCAAUGUCAUUUUUAAAUGGUUCUCUUCCAUCUUCAAUGUAUUUGUCGCCAUCAUCAUCCUCAUCAGCAGCAGCAACAGCGUCAGCAUCAACAUCAGCGGCGGUAGCAGCAGCAGCAGCGGCAGCAACCGUAUUAGGACUUUCAUCGUCUUUGGAAUAUCCUUAUUCACAUCAAGUUAAUACAAUCAAUCAUUCUUUUGAUAAUAAUAACAAUAAUAAUAGUAGUAUUCUAUCAUUCAAUCAAAAAUUCAAGUCUAUUUCCGAAAUCAAUAAUGAUACUAAUAAUCAAUUCGGUUUUUCAUUACAAUCGAUUUAUCAUACUAAUGAUACUAAUGGUUAUAAUAUUGAUUUAUUUAGUAAUAAUAAUAAUCAUAGUAAUACUAGUAAUAGUAUUAAUAAUAACCCAGCAACUGCCAUUGUCAUGGAUACCAAGUUGUCAACAACACAAACACCAAUUACUAAUCUAUCAUCAUUGAUUAAUAAUAAUAAUAAUAAUAAUAAUAAUUCAAUAUUAAAUGAGAACAAUUCUAAUUUAUCAUUAUCUAAUGGAAUAACACAUAAUCAAUCAAUAUUUUAUGAUCCUACCAUCAAUACUACUAAUAAUGAUAAUGAUAGUAGUAGUAGUGCUACUACUACAAGUACUACUAUUACUACUACUACUAGUAGUAGUGGUAGAAAUCCAAAAUAUAAUGAUCCAUAUACAUAUACAUUAACACAGAAUUCAAAUGAUUUAACUAAACAACAUAUUACAUCAUCCUUAUCAAAACUUACACCUUUCAAUUUAAUCAAUAAAUUAGAUCCUAUAAAUGUAAAUUUACAUUUAAUCAAUACUAUGAUCCCAUCAAAUGACCCUAAUCAUCAUCAUCAUCAUCAGCAUCAUCAUGAUCAUGAUCAUGGAAUCAAUCAAAAUACAACUACUAAUGAUGAAGAUGAUAUCAGUAGUCAUAGUAAUAAUAGUAGUAUCAGUGAAAAUGAUCUCAUUUCUAAUAAAUCAUCUCUAUCUAUUAAUUAUGAUGAUAAUAAUAAUAAUAAUAAUAAUAUAGAAAUGAUUAAAUAUGAAAAAAAUAAUCAAUAUCCAAUUAAUCAAUAUCAUCAUUAUAUGAAUCAAUCAAUAAAAAGAAAUAAAAAGUUAAAUUAUUCUAAUCAAAAUGAUGAAAUGAUAGAAGAGAAUGAAUUCAAUUAUGAAAUUUAUCAAAAAACUCAAUCGAUCCAACCAUAUCAAACACAAAUGAAAUCACAACGUACAAUUAAAUCAAAUCCUGAUCAACAGAAUGAUAAAUCAUCUUCUCAUAUAAAACGACCAAUGAAUGCUUUCAUGAUAUGGGCAAGAGAUGAAAGAAGAAAAAUUUUAAAAGCAUGCCCUGAUAUGCAUAAUAGUAGUAUAUCUAAAUUUCUCGGAGCCAAAUGGAAAUCUAUGAGUGCCGAAGUGAAACAACCAUAUUAUGAAGAACAAGCUCGAUUAAGUCGUCAACAUAUGGAAGAACAUCCAGCUUAUCGUUAUAGACCACGUCCAAAGCGUACAUGUAUUGUUGAUGGUCGAAAAUUACGUAUAUCUGAAUAUAAAGAAUUAAUGCGUUCAAGAGGUGAUUCAUCACGUAGACAAUGGAUUGGUUCAACAGAUGAACAAGCUCAAAAAAUUGUAGAAGAUAUUUUAGAUAAUACACUAUCAUCUAUACCACAAUUAAGUCCAUCAUUGAGUCCAAUGAAUGAAUAUGAUAGAGAGUUAUUAUCUUCUAAUAAAAAUAAUAAUAUCAUUCAAAAUAUACCAAUGAUCUAUUCAGAACAAUCUAUCAUGAAGAAAAAUGAACAAAUUAAAGAAGACGAAGAAGAAAAAGAAAAAGAAAAACAACAACAAAAGAUUAAAAAAGAAAAUGAUUCAAUACAAACGAAACAAGUACUCAGUAAUAAAACGGAUCAUGUGCUCAUAACAGAAAAUAAAGAAGAAAAAGAAAGCGAAAAAGAAAAUAAAGAAAAAGAAAAACAAGAAGAAGAAGAAAUCGAUAUAGAAGAAGAAUCAAUCAAAACUUGCAAAAUUGAAUUGGACACUGAUAAUGAUGAUAAUCAUAUGUGCCUUAGUAAUACAUCAAAUUCAUGAUCUCAUCAAUUGAUUCAUCAACACAGUCCCUGAAAUCUUACAAACUAUAUUGAAUAACCUUCUUUUUUCCUUCUUCUUCUUCUGAAUACAAGAUGAUACUACUUAUUAUUAUUAAAAAUGAAAAUUGAUUUUUUUGUUUGUCUCUUCUAAACAUAAACUUACGUUGAGAUGCUCAUUUAUGAACGAACCAAUCAGAUUGAAGAGAAUAGGUCUUCAAAUUUUCGGCGCGAAAUUCAUUGGUUCAUUUGGAUAAAAUAGAGUUUUGAUAUGAUAGUUGAUAUAUUAUAGUUCAUGAUCAAAAACUUUGCUUAUUAACUGUAAAUCAUAAUCUUUAUCCUUUAUAACAAAUUUAUAAUCCUCAUUUGAUUCUAGUGUGUUCAGGUGAGGUGAACAUUCUCAAGGUCAGUCUAAUGUCAUUUAAAGAGCAUUUAUAAAUUAUAAUCUCAUUUAAAUUUCUUCAAAAUGAUUAUGUAAUCAUUUGAUUAGAAUGUAUCAUUGUUUCUAUAGUAACAUUCUAUUCCAUCCUUUCUCUCUCUAUAUAUAUGAUGGAUUGAAUUGUUGUAAAUCAUAAUUUCAAGAUAAGUUGAUCUGUUUUUCUUUUUUUUUGUAAUAAAAAGCGUCCUUUUUUGUGUAAACUAGACAAUCAAAGCAUCAAUUGAUUCACUAAUUCAAUUAUGUUUUUCAAUGUUGUACAUAGUUUUGUAAAGUUCAAGCUAUAUACGUAUAAUGAAUAGGAAACUAUUGUUGUAAACUGACAUACUACUGGUCAAUUAUUGACUUAUACAAUUUAACUACUUAUUAAAUUUAUAGUAAUAUAAAUAUAUAAACAGAAUUUUGUUUCAUCAUUGAAUUGGUUAAGAUAUUCUAUCUUAUUAUUAUAAUUCGUUUCUUUUCUUGCAUUUACAUUUUAUAUUUCUGUUUAUGUAUCUAUAUCUAUAUGCUUCUACAUUUUUAACCCAAUGAAACGUAUAUAAAUGUAUAUACAUACAUAUAUAUAUUGUGGUGUUUGAAUGGACUCAUGAUUCCUUUGUACUUGUGGAAUGCUUGAUUUUGAAUUAUAAAUACAGUACAUUGGUUUGU